AUGAUCCUGAUAGCCGUCGUCGUCGUUUGCCUUGGCAACUUGGCCUUCGGAUCGCCGCCUCACAUGUGUCACUGUCCUAAUGGACAGUUCGGAAGUUUGUCUUCUCGAAUGAAAGAACAGCGGCGAUACUUGAUUCAGUGUCUUGUCCAACUCCAAUCACGCUGAACUGUCCUCCGGCACCGGCAUGUCCGACGCCUCUGCCAUGCAACCCAUUCCCGACAUUACCCACCAUAACUCCUGAUCCCAACGCUCUGAGAGUACUCAUUUCGAUAAUUGAGGGAAAACCUUCUUAGACUUCAGGGUUUGUCGCAGUUCUCUCUGCCGACCUUGCCUCCUCUAAUGUCUCUGGGCGGACAGAACAGCGGAAACGGCUACGUCUUUUCGACUCCUCUUCCUGGGACUCUUCCGCCGGCAGUUCCGCCGCCCAACAACGGCCAAGAAGCUCUCGUCGGAAUCGACGCUCGUCAGGUUUAAACGCGACUCAAUUCCUUCAAUAUGAACGUUGAGUGAAGUAUCCACAACAGCCCGCUUUCCCACAACAACAGUCUCAGUUUCAACAGUACUCGCCGCCUUCAUCUAACCAACCACAACAAUCAAACUUAGUCCAAGGUCUGCAGAAGACUCUCGUCUCUAACUUUCUUUUCCUUGUCAGUCCAAGCCGCCGCUCAAUACUCAGAGUUCCCUCCAACUGUAGCUCCACGAGUCGACGCCACAACGCGUGGGACGACAUUGCCAAGCGAAACGUGAGGAUCAAAGUUCUUAGAAUUUCAGCAAAAUGUUUUUAAAAUGGAUUUCAUGAAAAAUGCUGUGCGGAAAGCCAGCUUCUGACUGCAGAUUUUUUUCAAAGUUUUUUAGAGAUAUUUCCCUGACCUUAAGAUUUGAUUUCUUUUUUAUAAUUGGAGUUUCAGUUCAAUUUAAGUUCCGAGUAGAAAAAAUCAACUUAUGCCAGUUUUUUCCGGACAUAGCUUCGCUGGAUCUUAGAAUGUCUUGCGAAAUAUGAAAGAAUGAUGUUUCCGUCUCAAUAACGCCAUUUUUAUGAAAAAAAAAGAUUCAAUUUUCUUGGUAGUUUUUCUCUGAUUUCAGAUUAAUUCAGUGCAAAAAGAUUUUUGUGAUCUGAAGACUCCAAUUUCACACAGGAAAUUCUGAGAAUCUUCUUUUCAGAUAUGUCGAGUUUGAAAAUCCUGAACGCUUCCCUCAGAACGGUGUAUAUGAAACUGAACCAAAUAGUGAGUUUUCCCAUGAAAAUUCACUAAAAAUUCCUUUGUAGAUGGUUUCAGACAGCCGAUUCUUUCCAAGGCGUUCGCCUCAAACACGCGAACGCAGCCUCUGAACGAGAAGUGCAACGACGACAGACUGCGGCGACUCAUCGAACAGGUCCGAUUUCCCUUUUGAACCCACUUGCGACAUUCUCAGAACGUCGACUCGAACCCGUCGUCGUCAAAACGCAAGAUCCAGAAGGCAGCCAGUGACGAAAUCGGCGGCCUCUUCGACGUCAUCUGCUCUUCUCAUGACUUUUCUUAUCUCGCUAAUACACAGGUUUCUCUAUUCACAGUUGCCUUAUCUCCUUUUCCAGUUAUUCUGCGAGGCUGGCAACGAUGACGUCACUUGUUUCGCUUUCCUGCAUUCUCUCAUCCAGUAA